CUACUCCCCGGAGCAUGCUGGGAUCAGGGCGGGGCCCUGAGCGCCGCCAUGUUUUUGUACGGCAGAAUCGCAAAGUACGCCGGGACUGGUUGAGUUGGUUUUGAAGACGUGGUUGGCGGGAAUUCUCGACCCUGGGCUGGGACGUUGAGGUCCCUAUCACCCUUUGCUGGACAACUUCUUGAGAAGGCCCUUGGGAAUCUGAGAUGGAGCAGGCGAACCCUUUACAUCCAGAUGGCGAGUCCAAAGGAGGUGUUUUAGCUCACUUGGAAAGGCUAGAGACCCAAAUGAGCAAAUCCCGUAAACAGUCUGAAGAGCCACAGAGUGUGCAGGCCCAGGAAGGUGCUCUUGGAACCAAGAUUCAUAAACUGAGGCAUCUGCGAGAUGAGCUGAGGGCAGCAGUGCAGCACCGGCAAGCCAGCGUGAAAGCAUCUACUGCCAAUGUAGAACCCAACCUAGCAGUGGAGAUGAAUGAGCAAGAAGUGUUGGAAGAGAAACUGGAAAAUGUGAAAGCCGUUCUGCAGGCCUAUCGUUUUACAGGCCUCAGUGGUAAACUGACCAGCCGAGGAGUCUGUGUCUGCAUCAAUACUGCUUUUGAGGGGAACCUGUUGGAUUCCUAUUUUGUGGACCUUGUCAUACAGAAACCACUCCGGAUACAUCACCAUUCAGUCCCAGUCUUCAUUCCUCUAGAAGAGAUAGCUGCAAAAUACUUACAGACCAACAUCCAGCACUUCCUGUUCAGUCUCUGCGAGUACCUGAAUGCUUAUUCUGGGAGGAAGUACCAGGCAGACCGGCUUCAGAGUGACUUUGCAGCCCUCCUGACUGGGCCCUUGCAGAGAAACCCACUGUGUAACUUGCUGUCAUUUACUUACAAACUGGAUCCAGGCAGUCAGUCCUUCCCGUUCUGUGCUAGAUUGCUGUAUAAGGACCUCACAGCAACUCUUCCCACCGACGUCACUGUGACAUAUCAAGGAGUGGAAGCAUUAUCCACUUCAUGGGAGGAGCAGCGAGCAUCCCAUGAAACUCUGUUCUGUAUGAAGCCCCUGCAUCAAGUGUUUGCUUCAUUUGCAAGAAAAGGAGAAAAGUUGGAUAUGAGUCUGGUCUCCUAAUAGAUUGUUUUCAUGGCACUGGGAACACAUCAGAAAAAUAAAUCCCCCCUCCCCUGCCAGGUGAAAGGAAAUAUUGCACUUUCUGCUCUCAUGACUAAGGGGACGGGUUCCAAAAGAACCUUUCAAGAUUACCAGGAACAUCCGGACAAGGGCCGUCUCAGUGAAUUCGGACCAUGUGGAGACAACCGGUCUCCAGCCUGAGCUCCCUUCAGAAUGGGAACAAAACGUUUCCAGCCGUGUCCUGCCCCACCAAGCCCGUCUGAAGCAGAGCUGCUUUGCCUGUGCUCCGUCCAGUCCUGGUCAGCCCUGCAGCAAAGGCAGCAUCGUCCCAGCUUUGCCACCCUCCUGCUCACAGCGGCCAGGGCCCCUCAGGGUCAUGGAGGGCAGGGAUUGGAACUAGGCUCUGGAAGGACUGUUCAGCCCUACACCUAAGACCCCUACGCUGAGGAUGCUACAGGCACACUGAGGAAGAGCAGGGCCACCCUCAGAGCUCACACGUCCACGAACGUACAAAGGCUGAGGAGGUUCUAAACCUAAAGUCGGUGAGUUCACUUCAAUCUGGGAAGGUCGGGACUUGGUCAUGUGUCUUCUCCCAAGGCCUUUCGUCAGCUCCAAAAGAUAAAUUCUCCCUCCCGGUCUGGACUGUCACAGGCUAGAGGCAUUCAGGAGCUGUCCUCCACCUGGUGGGGCAGCGUGAUGGGGGGGCCGUUAGGGAAGGUGGUGGGCUUCUCCCGCCCCUUCAAGAAGAAGGUCAGCAGCUCCCCCUUCCCCUUCACAAAGAUGGGGCCUCGCCUCACAAAGCGGAAGCCGUACUCUCGGAGGAUGACUUGGGUUUCUUCUACCACCUGGGGAGGAAGGAGAGCAAGAACAUGGUAUCACAGGAGGAGCCGAACACUGAUCCACACGGUGCCCACAUGUGAUCCACGGGUCCCAGGCAGUACACGGCCCUCAGCAGCCUCCCAGGGCCAAGCCCUGACUUCCACCUGUGGUGAGCAGCAAGUGGGCAGCAGAGCCCUGGAGUGAGUGGCUGGAGGCCUCUACUCACCCAGAGACCUCUCUCCUAGGAUGGCAUGGGUCACCUGGGUGGCAGCACUGUUGCCUGGAAACUCACUCUCUGUUCUUCUGUCCCCCUUUGCCCCUUUUAUGGAGCUUUUCUGCCAGACCCCAUUGACACAGACACAGGACGGCAGAAGAUUCAUACCAAGAGGCAGACCAGACUCAUCCAGAACUUCAACCUAGAUUUUGCGGAUGGGUGGAAUUGUUUGCCCCUGCGCUGAGGCUAGCUACGGCAGAAACUCCUUCCCACUUGCCCCUUACCUCCUGCCUGCGGACUUACUGUUCGGGGCCCGGGAUGGGAGGCAGGGGUGCAUGGGGAAACACUGUUCUGAUUUUGUUCCCAUGCCCUGAGUCUGAGCACGCGCCAGCUCUGCUGCUGGACAUACCUGAAUGUUACCCAUGACUCCCGUAGAUUCCAUCCUGCUGGCCACAUUGACCGUAUUGCCCCAGAUGUCAUAGUGUGGUUUCCGGGCUCCAAUGACCCCAGCCAGAACCCCGCCUUUGUUCAUGCCUGGGGUGGAGGCAUAAAGGUCAGCACAGACACAGGCCAAACCCUGUCCUGAGCCUCAGAAGCCAUGAACUCCCCUUAGAGAAUUUGUCAUCCGACCUGUACCACAAAGCUCCUAAUUAUGUAACACAUCAUUUUCCUGGUUAAACUUGGCUGUGUGCGACUGGAGGGUGGAAAUCACACCUCCUGUUUAUCCACAUGCUUGGCAAAUGUCAGCUGCCACCUGCCCCCCCCGCCCCCCGAUAUGCAGAUUUACUCCGAAUGGCAGUGGCCAGCUUCUAAUACACCUGGUAUUUCAAGUCUCCUGUGACCUUGUUCAGGAAUGAGAAGCCCCCCUCAGUGGGAAGUAGCAGGUGAUCUUAACUCCUUUCAGAGAGCAGGCUGGUCUGGGAAGCCAUGCCCUCUGCAGGCACAGAAACCCCUCUGGAAAUGGAUCACAAACUCACUUCUCAGUGAGGCAGGCCAGGCUACCAUUGUAAAAAGUAGGCACAGGUAUAGCCUGACCCUUACAUCAGCCAGGUUUUUGGUUUCGUCAUCUAGAGGAGUCUGGACUAAAGGUCCUUCAGGUUCCCUAGCCCUGUGAGUACGUGAACCUCCCUACCUGAAUGCCUGUUAUCCUCGGCCUGUCUCUCCUGCUGGUGGGCUGGGCCCCUGCUUGGGAAGGGAGCCUGCCGCAGGGCUGGCCGGCCGGGAGUGCUUACCUAUGCGCAGCAUGAAGUUGUUGAAGGACUGGUUGUUGAUGUUGGUGAGCGUAUCCUUCAUGGCCAGUGCGAAGUCGGCCAGGUCAGCCAGGUGCUGCCAGCGCUCUCGAUCGGACUUGUCCUCCUGUGCCAGGGGACAGUCACUGCAGCAGCCUGCUCUGCUGCCUUCUUUGGCAGUGUUCUGGGGUGGGUUCCCUAUACCUAGAUGUUCACAGCCUAGUUCCCUUCCUUCCACAAAGGAGUCGGCAGCCUUGCCAGCUCCAGCUUGCCACUGUGACAAAGCUCAUGUGUGUCCUUCUAGCAGAUCUAGGCAAAGACUGGGCAAUAAGGGUAGAGAAGACAGACCCAUGAGUCUGACUUCGAGACAAGCCUCUUCGCCUUGGCUUGCCCUGGCCCUUAGGUUUUGUCAAGUUGUCCUUGUUUGGAUCCUUCAACUAGGUGAUAAGCACUGGAGGGGGAUGGCCCGCCUUGGACAUGGGUUUUUUUUUUUUUUUUUGAGACAGAGUCUCACUGUUAUCCAGGCUGGAGUGCAGUGGCAUAAUCGAGUGCAGUAGCAUGAUCUCGGCUCAUUGCAACCUCUGCCUUCUGGGUUCAAGUGAUUCUCCAUUCUCAGCCUCCUGAGUAGCUGGGACUACAGGGACAUGCCACCACGCCUGGCUAAUUUUUCUUCAUAAUUUUAGUAGAGAUGGGGUUUCACUGUGUUACCCAGGAUGGUCUCAAUCUCCUGACCUCGUGAUCUACCCACCUCAGCCUCCCAAAGUGCUGAGAUUACAGGUGUGAGCCAUCAUGCUGGGCUUUGGAUAUGUGUCUUCAACCUCGUCCAUACAAUAGAGUGCCAUGGGAUGGUCACAGAGGCAAAACAGGAUGAUGCUGUUUUAAGACCAGGGCCCCUUCACGUUUUCUAUCCUGGUAGCUGAAUACAGGUCUAAAUUGGCUUAACAAAAGUUCUGACAGCCACUCUGGAAGUUUCCAUUGUUACAUGAUUGCAUAGUUGGUUCCUGUCACCAGUUCCUAUGAAAGCACAGAGCCUGAGGGGGCCUGGCCACAGAACACAACCAUCUUAGGCCUGAGCUGUGAACAGCAGGGGGUUUUGUGUCUGUUGUUUCUCUGCUUGUCAAACCUCAAUAAACCCUGUUUCUUAUUUGUUUA